AUGUCAGACAUCAUACUGGAGGAAGUCUUCAUUAAACGAUCCCAGCAAAAAAAGAAAACUUCACCUUUAAACUACAAGGAGAGAUGGUUUAUUCUCACCAAGGAAAAGUUAGCGUACUAUGAUUAUGAUUCUGAAAAAGGGAAGAGGAAAUGUCAGAAAGGAUCAGUUGAUCUUGAAAAAGUCAAGUGUGUGGAGACGGUCCAGCCGGAUCCCAAUGCCCCGCAGGAGCGCAAGUAUGCCUUCCAGAUCGUUUACGAUGAAGGGCCGUUGUACAUCUUUGCAAAAACUGAAGAAAUUCGGGCUCUGUGGCUAAAACGGUUGAAUGAAUUGGUGCGCGUCAACAAAGACCUGAUGCAGAAGUAUCAUCCUUGUUUCUGGGUGGAUGGGGUGUGGCUUUGCUGCCAGCAGGAAGUUAAACAAGCUAUGGGCUGCAAAGUACUGGAUACCAAGAUUGGUUUUAGGCCGAGUCGAAGCGUAUCCAGGAAGCCCCUUCCUCCAACCCCAACAGAGGAGAAGGUUAGUCGGCCUUUACCUCCACAGCCUCCUGAGCCUCCUGCGCCUUCGUCAAGCAUGACCGUCAUCGCUGAGUACGAUUACACACCCAUGACACCCCAGGACCUGCAGCUGAGAAAGAACGAAGAGUACACCAUCCUGGAGAAGUCUGACCCAAACUGGUGGAAAGCCCGAGAUGCAUAUGGAAAAGAAGGCUACAUACCAAGUAAUUAUGUCGUGGAGGCGGAAAAGGGACUUGAAAAAUUUGUCUGGUACAGUAAGAACAUGAACCGCAGCCAAGCAGAGCAGCUGCUGAAGUCUGAGAACAAAGAUGGAGGUUUCCUGGUGCGGGAUUCAAGCAAAGCUGGGAAAUACACCGUGUCUUUGCUCACUAAGGGCGGCGGGGAAAUAACUGGAAGCUGCAGACACUAUAACAUCUGCACAACCCCACAGGGACAGUUUUACCUGGCAGAGAAGCAUCACUUUAACACUAUUCCAGAGCUCAUCAACUAUCACCAGCACAACGCAGCAGGUAUGGUUAGCAGGCUGAAGCACAUCGUAUCGAAUCGACAAAGGCCUCCAUCAACAGCAGGGCUCGGCUAUGGUGUGUGGGAGAUCGACCCCCGCGACCUCACCUUCAUCAAGGAGUUGGGCAACGGUCAGUUUGGGGUGGUGAAGUACGGCAAGUGGCAGGGCCAACACGAUGUGGCCAUCAAGAUGAUUAGAGAGGGCUCCAUGUCAGAAGACGAUUUCAUAGAAGAAGCUAAAAUCAUGAUGAAGCUUCGCCAUGAGAACCUGGUACAGCUGUAUGGCGUCUGCACCAAACAAAGACCAAUUUACAUAGUGACUGAGUUCCUCGCAAAUGGCUGCCUGCUGACAUACCUGAAAGAGGGCCUGACACAGCAUCCAACGACAGUCCAGCUCCUUGAGAUGUGUAAAGACGUGGCAGAGGGCAUGGCGUAUCUCGAGACGAAGCAGUACAUCCACAGAGACCUGGCUGCCAGGAACUGUUUAGUAGAUGCAAAUGGAACUAUCAAAGUAACGGACUUUGGCCUAUCGAGAUAUGUUUUAGAUGAUGAGUACACAAGUUCAGCAGGCUCAAAGUUCCCAGUUCGCUGGUCACCACCAGAGGUCCUGCUGUACUGCAAGUUCAGCAGCAAGUCAGACAUCUGGGCCUACGGAGUUUUAAUGUGGGAGGUGUACACUUUGGGUAGACUUCCAUAUGAACGCCUCAACAACACAGAAAUAGUGGAUCAGGUGUCCCGGGGCCUGCUUCUCUUCCGUCCCCAGCUGGCCAACGAAAAGGUCUACAGCAUCAUGAAAAGCUGUUGGUUUGAGAAACCAGAUGAAAGGCCCACUUUUCAGGACUUGGCACUGAAUGUCCAGGAUUUGCUUUAUGAACUCCAAUAGACCUGAG